UUGAAUACUUACGUGUUUUUCCUGAUGGCCUCAAAAAGAAACAAAUUGAGCAUAGGUAAUCCAAAAUCUUUGUUUCGAGAUGAUGAAUCUAACCACGAUCCAUAUUCUGACGAUGAUGGUGAAUAUGGUUCAGACCACAAUUACGAGCCCGCUGAUGAAGAUGAAGAUAGCAGCAGUGACUACAGUGAAAUUUUCGAUGUUCAUAGAAGUCGCUUUGAACGGAAUAGACAAAGAAUUGGGUCUGAAAGCCAGAAGUCGUAUCAUGGUUCUGCUGGCGAUCAAAGCGAUGAUGGCGAGCAGAUAGACCAGAAUUCUGUUAAUGAAGGAAACUUUGGUGAAACCGAACGUGAUUCCGACAUAAGCCAUUGUAGUAUUUUCGAUCACCAUCAAAUUCAAGUAGCAGGGAAUGAGAAAUAA